AUGCCAACCGCCGAUAAACACCACUGAAGAAGAAGAAAAAGGAAAAAGAAGAAGGGAUAUUUGUAGCAAGUUACCUGUUUAGUGAGGGAUAAUGGGUCGCCACACCUCUGACAGCGAGGAGGACAGCCGUAGCAGGAGGAAGAAGAAGGAGAAGCACAGACGGCGCUCCUCUUCCUCCAGCUCCUCUGGCAGCCGGGUGACCAGCCGCAGCAAGAGGUCCAGCAGACGCAGCCGCUCGCGGAGCCGCUCCAGAGAGAGAGACAGGAGACGCAGGCGGCGGUCCAACAGCAGCUCGUCCCGCAGGAGGAGGGAGCGGAGAUGGAGACCGAGGCAGGACCAACCGCUCCCAUAGGACACGCAGCCGCACCCGCAGGUAUGAUG